GACUGCGGUACAAGCCUCAAAGGAAAUAGGCGCCUUCGCUUGAUCUACAACUAACCAGAUUAUUGGCGAACCAUCACGAACUACAAUCUUCUUAUGUGUCGAACUAUUUGACCAGUAUCUCGCCUGCUUCUGCUUUAAGACGUCAACGUACGUGGUCAUUGUCCCAGAUCCUCACUGGACCGUUUGCAUAGCCCCUAUCUUCAGUUUCACCAUUUCGAUCUACGAACUUCAAGAAUCAACUUACUCCCACCUACUCCGUCAACUUCAGCUGUUUCUCUGCAGCAUUGUGAUCUGUCUUGGGGUUAUCGAUGCAUGCUGGUCUUUGUUUACAAUUCAACGGCCUUACAUAGCCGGAGAAAGUCUGCUCUUACUGGCCCUAUUGUCGUCUUGUUAAGCGCCUCAUGGAUCAGAUUGUCCUUGCGUUCUGGGUCUGAAUAGCCGCCCAUUUCACUGUCCUGCCCAUAUCCGCUCCUACAGCCUCGACUGCACAUUCUGUACCUCCUUCUACCACCUCACCCUCCUUAUAUCGGACCCGCUGCGAACUCGGCAUCACGGAACCUUUCUCGACGGCUUCCAGAGACAGCCAGCAUCAUGUCCGACCAGUUCAAGGCCAGGACGCUGAAGAGAAAGAAUGUCAAGGGUUUGGCGCUGAGUGCUCCGCCGCCGAGGACCGCCAAUCCGUCCGAGGGAGACUCACAAAUACCGGGUGCUUUGGGAAAUUCUGAGAGUGACCGGACAGACACACUGGAGAUUGGCUUAGAGUUCAAACUUGACCUCAGGAGCGAAGAUCUGAUAGUCCUCAAAGAGCUGGGUGCUGGCAAUGGAGGUACCGUCAGUAAGGUCAUGCAUGCCUCGACCAAAGUGGUCAUGGCAAGAAAGAUUAUUAGGGUCGACGCAAAAGAAAACGUCCGCAAGCAGAUCGUGAGGGAGUUACAAGUCGGCCAUGACUGCAGCUCCCCAUAUGUCAUCACAUUCUACGGCGCUUUUCAGAACGAAGCUCGAGAUAUUGUGCUCUGCAUGGAAUACAUGGAUUGCGGAUCUUUGGACCGUAUAUCCAAAGACUUCGGUCCGAUCCGUGUCGAUGUGCUUGGUAAGAUCACCGAAUCUAUCCUUGGAGGCCUUGUAUACCUUUACGAAGCACAUCGUAUAAUGCACCGUGACAUCAAGCCAUCAAAUGUCCUGGUAAACUCCCGUGGCAUGAUCAAGCUAUGUGACUUUGGUGUUGCCACCGAAACGGUCAAUUCAGUUGCAAAUACCUUUGUCGGCACCUCAACAUACAUGGCACCGGAACGAAUUCAGGGAGGGGCAUACACCAUAAAAUCAGACGUGUGGAGUGUGGGGUUGACAGUAAUGGAACUGGCCAUCGGCAGGUUUCCCUUUGAUUCCAGCGACUCUGCCGCAGGCGACAGAGCCAGUGCCGGACCGAUGGGCAUCCUCGACCUCUUGCAGACCAUUGUCCAUGAGCCAGCACCGAAACUCCCCAAGAGUGAAGCCUUUCCCGCCAUCCUGGAGGAUUUUGUGGCCAAGUGUCUUCUGAAGAACGCGGACGAGAGGCCGACACCCAGGGAGCUAUACGACCGGGACAACUUUGUGCAGGCUGCUAAACGGACCCCAGUCGAUUUGCAAGAAUGGGCCGUGUCAAUGAUGGAAAGACACAAUCGGAAAUCAUACUUGGCACCUCCAGCACCAAAAUCACUGAAAAGCGACGGUACGAGCUCCGACACUUCAUACACGAACUCGGCCGCUUCAACUUCAUCCUUCGCUAGCGACAUCAGAGGUACCCCGGUAACUGCAAGACGGUAUGCAAGUCCUACCUCUGGCAAUAUUACAGUUGCCGCUCCACAGUUCGCUUCUCAACCAAGUCAACAUACUCCGACAGGAAUCGCGGAGAGAUCACCUCCUCCUCCUCUAUCACUACAGCACUUGUCACUGGAAACACGAGAUCCUCUCAGCGGGUUUCCCAAUCGUGCUAACCGGCUAGCUUUCAAUGAACGCGACAACAUUCCGGAACCUGCUUCAGCGAUUGAGCCUUCGCAACGACCUAUGUUUCCACCAAGAACCAGCAGCAGCAACUCUUUGGUAAACAACAGAAAUCCUCUUGCGAGCCCACCACUGUCUGUACGGCCACCACCACCGAGCGGUCCUUUACCGCCACCUCCAAUGAAGGAUCUACCAGCGCCUCCAUCUUUGAAAACUGCGGAGAUAGCCAGUCCACGCCGGCUUAGGUGAUUGGCAACAGGCGACGUCUUCUGAAUUUGUUUAGGCAUGAGCGUGAAGCAUAACUCCGGGCGAAUUGGGAGACAUAGCAUCGGCUGUAGCAUUUGUGCAGGCGUACAUCAUGGAUCUUCGCAACUUCAAAUUCAAUGUAGAGCCGCAACAGACUUUUUAGACUCGAAUUAAC